AUGGAGAAACCCCCGGCAGAGGAUGAGUGCGUGGAUUCAGGAGCGGAGACUGGAGGUGCCCCAGCCUUUACGGCACAAACGAAAUGGGACAAGCCCCCAGAGAAGCCAGAUACAGUGCGGGGGGGAAAGCAUUCGGAAAAGAAAGAAUGCAAAAAACAUGCCGACGGGGAGAUACCGGGUGAGUUAUCCAUGGGCGAGCUCCAAGACCCCUUCCUUGUCAGUGUCCACCUCAUCGCCGACCCCGGCCACGGCAAGUUCCUGCAGCGAGCUGCCGACUCGGUGCUGGCAUGGGUGCACCCUGAGCUGCAGCUCUUCCGAGUCUCUGAACGUGGCUCCUCCUCCCAGAGCUCGAAGCACAAGCGCCAUCAAAACGGCGGCCCUGCGGCGGCCUGCCAGCCGGCCCUGGCAGUCAUCCUGUUCCUCCAGGAAUCAUACGGCGGGGAGGAGCACAUACUGACACUGCAUCGUGCUCUGCAGCGGCCCCCGUGGCACUACCACCACACCGAGAAAGUCAGCAACGGCCGACGUAUGCUACCGCUGACGCCGUGCAGUCAGGACUUCUUCACCCUGGCCCCUGGCACGCCUCUCUGGGCUGUGCGGCAGGUUCACUACGGGAAAGAGAUAGUGCGUUUUACCAUUUACUGCAGCCAUGAAAACUAUGCUGAUAUGGUGCGUCUGUACAAGAUGCUGCUCCAGCGGAGGGUAGCGCAGAAGAGGGAGGACUUCUGCUUCUUUGUGGUGUACACUAACCCCGAUACAGAGAUCCAGCUGUCGUUUAAGAGGCUGCCACGGGGAGAGAGCCCCAUGCCACUGGGGUCGGCGGUGAUGGAGGUGAGGGUGCAGGACAUGGGGGUGCUGGUGCCCCUGCUUCCGCGGCCCUGCAGCCCAAUCAGUGAUGUGCGCUGGCAGACGGAGGACUACGACGGGAAUAAGAUCCUACUACAGGUCCAAGGUGCACGCUUCAGGUGUAGACAAGAUCCUGCCCUGGCGUCCUCUGCCUCUGCCGCUGAAUCGGCCUCGGCUCCAUCCACCUUCAGCCGCAGCGCCACAUCUUACAGGAACCGCCGGUACCAUCGCAUGUCGUCACGUAUGAGGGUCCAGAGCCAGUCCUCCUAUAACUCCCUCCCACUGGCCUGUGAGGAGCGAGAGGAUGAGGAGCAAUGGGCUGACGGGCGCCAUCCAGACGCCUGGAUGAACCACUGGAGGAGCCAUCGGUCCAACUCUCUCUUCUCUAUACCGAACCCAGGCUCAGGUGGAUCCCGCUCCACCUGCUCUUCACCAGGACCUUCCCCCAGCCUCCACUACAGAAGCCUCUCCCUCUCCCGUAGCUCCUCCCUUGUCCCACCCUUCAGACUCAAUGUGGAGGCUCUGAUUGGUGCAGAGGAGACGGACGUGGAUACAGGGAAAAAAGUGGAGACGAGCAGCAAUGUGGACCUAACAGUGGUGUCAGCGUACAUCAAACCCAGCCUUCCACGGACUCCCCGGCCAUUAUCUGCUCCGCCGGAGGAUAUAGGUCCCCCCCUCUCCCCAGGUGUUUCGGGCUGUGGCGUUGGUAAGGCAUCCACACUGGGUCGGCCCCCCGUGCCCACAAGAACAAGCAGCUUGUCAAACAAUAGCAGGCCCUCUUCUUUGCUGAGGUCACGCCCUCCAAGUACCUCUGUAAACACAAGUGAGUCUGCAUCCUUGAGUGACGUGUCCCUGAACCAAUGGGGCAGCUCCAGCAGCAUUAAUGGGCCCGUCGAAAAAAGGAGUAGCAUAAAUACACAAAAGGCAGAGCAGGACGACCAGGAGUUCUACAUUUGAUGAGCAGGCGUAGGCUGAUGGGAUUCAGACU